AUGGAGAGAAUAAAAGACUAUUUACUUAUGGAAGAAGAGUUUAUCAAAAAUCAGGAACGUUUAAAAACAGAUGAGGAACGUCACGAGGAGGAACGAUCAAAAGUGGAUGAUUUACGUGGCACGCCUAUGUCAGUUGGCACGUUGGAAGAGAUUAUUGAUGACAACCAUGUUGUUGUCUCAACUUCUGUUGGCAGCGAGCACUAUGUCAGCAUACUGUCUUUCGUAGAUAAAGGAAUACUCGAGCCAGGCUGUUCAGUACUGUUGAACUACAAGGUUCAUGCAGUUGUGGGAGUCCUAACUGACGAGGCUGAUCCCAUGGUCACGGUCAUGAAACUUGAAAAGGCUCCACAGGAAACGUAUGCUGAUAUCGGUGGCUUAGAAGCCCAAAUACAGGAAAUCAAAGAAUCAGUAGAGCUACCUCUUACACAUCCAGAGCUUUACGAAGAAAUGGGUAUCAAGCCCCCCAAGGGAGUUAUUCUCUACGGAGCCCCGGGCACUGGUUAG